AUGGCAUCCUUCACCCCGGCCAACGUCAGCAACCCAGUGCUUGGCCUGAGCGGCUUCCCAGGGCUAGAAAAGGCACAUCAGUGGAUUGGCAUCCCCAUCUUUUCUGCCUACCUGUUUGCAGUGCUGGGUAACUGCACCAUUCUGUACGUCAUCUGGGCAGAGCCCAGUCUGCACCAGCCCAUGUAUUUCUUUCUGGCCAUGCUGGCUGCCACCGACCUGGGACUCUGCCUCACCACGGUGCCCACCGUCAUGGGGGUUCUCUGGUUCCAGCUAAGGACGAUCAGCAAACGUGCCUGCGUUGCUCAACUUUUUAUCAUCCACUCCUUCUCCUUCAUGGAGUCGGCUGUGCUCUUUGCCAUGGCAAUAGACCGCUUCCUAGCCAUCUGCUUCCCUCUGAGAUACAGUUCUCUUGUGACCAGCACCAGGGUGGCGUCAGUUGGUCUUGUUCUCCUGCUAAGAAGCACCACAUUCUUGCUUCCCCCUGUGCCUUUUCUGUUGCAGUUCCCAUACUGCCCAGGGGCUGUCCUUUCUCACUCCUACUGUCUACAUCAGGACAUGAUCCGCCUGGCAUGUGCCAACACCACCUUCAACAGCCUUUAUGCUCUUAUCCUUAUCCUCCUUACCAUGGGCUCUGAUCUCCUCUUCAUCCUCAUCUCCUACAGCCUGAUCCUGAAGGCGGUCCUGGGCAUGACCUCGGGGAACGAAGGCUACCACAAGGCCCUGGGCACCUGUGUCUCCCACCUCUGUGCCGUCCUGGUCUUCUACGUGCCAGUGCUCGGGCUGUCCAUUGUACACCGGUUUGGCCAGCAUGCCUCUCCUCUUCUCCACGUCAUGAUGGGCAACAUCUACAUCCUCCUGCCGCCCUUGAUGAACCCCAUCAUUUACAGCAUCAAAACACAGCAGAUCUACAGCAGGAUCCUGAGAAUGAUCUCUGCCUUGAGUCCUUUUGGGAGAAAGGGGUGCUAA